AUGACAACUGAACAAUUAAUCAAGAUUGCCUCUGACAGUGAACAGGAAGAGAAGCCACAAGAAUUCUUUGCGGUGACGCCACUUAAGACGUGUCCACAUUUGGAACAAAUUGCGGAUAGCAAAUUGCCUUCUGAUGGACUCAACACUAAGGCUGCUUGCAACAAGUGUUCAAAUACUGGCGAGAAUUGGGUGUGUCUUAAAUGUUUUGAGGUCUAUUGCUCUCGUUAUGUUGAGGGACACGCUUCGGGUCACACCGAAGAGACAAAACAUCCACUGGCUCUAAGCUUUGCUGACUUUUCUGUUUGGUGUUAUCCGUGCAAUUCUUAUAUUGACAAUAAAGUGUUUGAUGAGGCUAAGGAAGCUGCUAUUAAAUCCAAAUUUGGAGGAAAGACUGAAGGUUGA